AUGUCCCAACAACGAGAGCCGAGUAUGGAGAAUCCCAAAGCAAAAAGAAGAAAAUUGAGCCAUUCGUCGGAAGAUUCGCUUGGGGCGACAUUCGAGGAUGGAGACUCAUCUGGAUCCAGCUCAGAGCCAUCACUCUCUGUUGGGCAAACGAAUGGUCAUUCGCAAUCCGAAGGGACAAGGUCGACUUCUUCAAAGCUCUCCCGAAAUGGACAUGUAAAGAGCAUGAGGCAUUCUUCUACAUCGAAGUUGAGCAGUCAACGGCUUAUGGCUGCUAAUACUGCGGGAAGCUCGUCCAUGAUGACCCUCCAGAUCAAUGAUCUCCUCGGAGAAAUCAGACCAGAUUACGACAAGUUGAUGUCCGGGCUCGAGGAGACAGUCCGCCGGUUGCAAAUGAUUAUUCUAGAUCUCCCAGAUGUGGCGCCCAUGACAGCGCCAGAGGCAGAGAAAUUAUUGCGCAAGGAGGCAGGGGUCUGUGUGCCUUUUCCACAUCCGAGGCCGGGUAGAGACACCAAAUACACCCUUGAGUACAAGCGUCCUGCCCGAGUGGACGUCGUUGGCAGCCUUCCGCUUCAGCUGGGCAUCAAGUCCAAAGAUAUCUGCACGGCUGAUCUUGCUAUCACUUUACCUGACUCGAUUGUGCAAGAAAAGGACUUUCUCAAUCAUCGUUACUUUCACAAGCGAGCGUACUACAUAGCACAGGUGGCAGCAGGUAUCAGAGGGCAUGCGAAGAAGGAGUUCAACUUUUCAUUCGAGCACCAGGACGGGAUCACCUGGAAGCCAUCGCUUGUGAUUGAGCCAAAUGAUUCCUCACCUCCUGGAUUCACCAAGUCCAAAUUACGCGUGAGAAUCAUCUGUGCAAUUAGCGCCGAUGUCUUUCCCGGCAACAAGACUUUGCCAACAAAAUGUUGCCUGCGCACGUCUGAUAGCACUUCUCCUACACCAUAUUAUAAUGCUUGUCUUCGAUCGGAUGCGAUUACUGAACUGUACCACAGAUUGCUCGAGAGAACCAGCACGUCUUGUGAAGCAUUUCGAGAUGUCUGCCGUCUGGGUCGCCUCUGGCUUCGUCAACGAGGAUUUGGAGGAUGUGUCACGCGUGGAGGAUUUGGACCAUUCGAAUGGUCCAUUGUCUGUGCUUUGCUACUCCAAAGCGGUGGCUCCAAUGGUCGCCCUGCCCUAUCUCCUCGAUACUCCUGUCUACAGCUCUUCAAGGCUAUCCUGCAAUUCUUGGCCGCCAAAGACCUGACUGAUCCACUUUUGCUAAACGGAGCUACUUGCGAGAUACCAAAAUCAGAUGCCCCUGUGCUUUUUGACGGUGCUGGCCAGAUCAACCUGCUCUUCAAGAUGACUUGUUGGUCGUAUCAGCUUCUUCGCCAGGAAGCCAGGGCAACGAUCGAGGCUUUCAGCUCGAAGGCGGUAGACAUUUUCGAGUCCAUAUUCGUGAAAAGGCUCGACCAGGACCUACUAAGAUUUGACCAAUGCUUGUUUUUGGAAGCCCGCGCUUUCCUUCAAGUUCAACACGAACACGAAAAUGCCCAAGAAGGUCUCCAAAUGCUGCACUCUGUUCUGUCUCGUGCAUUGAGUAAUAGGGCCAGACUCGUACAUCUGAGAUACGACGAUACCCUGAAGUGGAGCAUCGACAAGUCCUUGAAGCAGGGCACUAAAGUGGACAAGCGGAUCGAGAUUGGUCUUUUGCUGGAUCCGGACCAUGUUGACCGGCUUGUUGACCACGGGCCAUCUGCAGAAGAUAAAGCGGCUGCUGCAGAUUUCCGGGAAUUCUGGGGCGAUAAGGCCGAGCUGCGUCGCUUCAAAGAUGGCAGUAUCACAGAGAGCCUAGUCUGGUCUGAAGAGAGCCCUGUAACUCCGCAAAUCACAUCAUACAUACUACAGCGUCAUUUUGAGAUUCCAUCAAGCGCGAUCAACUUCCUGGGCGACCAAGUAGAGCAUGUUGUCCUGGCUCCAAACAGACUUCUUUCACGCAAGUCAGCCUUUAAGGUUGUUAACGAUGCUUUCCAAUCACUCACUACCCAGCUUCGUCAACUCGAAGGUCUGCCUCUAAGUAUCCGCUCCAUAUUACCCGCAAGCUCCCAGCUCCGCUACGCCUCCGACUUCACCCCUCUGGCCUCAACCCCUCUUCAUCCAAUCGACAUCAUCAUAGAGUUCGAAGGAUCCGCCCGCUGGCCAGACUCUCUCCCGGCUAUUCAGCGCACCAAAAUCGCUUUUCUAAUCAAGCUCGGCGAUCUCCUCUCCGCCUCCGACUCUAUGAUUACUACCUGCGUCGGCCUCGAGAACACCACCGGCCCAGCUUCAUCUUAUUCCAACACCUCCUUCCUCGACAUCUAUAUUCCCUCUCCUCAAGCCCAUCUCCUCCAACCAAUCCCCUUCCGCCUCCGCAUCCACCACGACCGUACCCUCACUCUUCUUCAAAAAGCCCUCUCCUCCUCCACUAAGCCCCCCAAUCGCACCGCCCUAACCAGCACCCUCCAAUCAACAACCCGCCACUACCUCUCCACCCCAACCCACACAACCCCCGUCUCCCGCCUCUGCACCCUCCACCCCAGCCUCCCGCGCACAAUCCACCUCCUCAAACUCUGGACCGCAUCACACCACCUUACGCACUCCCUCCCCGAAGAAAUCCUCGAAAUCUUCGCUGCAAGGCCGUACGUGCAUCCGUACCCCUACGUCUCUGCCCCAGCAAGCCCUCAAACCGCCUUCCUCCGCAUCCUCAGCUUCGUAGCAAAUUGGGACUGGACGGCGGAACCGCUGAUCAUCGACCUCAACGCCUCCUCUAACCCUUACCACAACAACCCCAGCGAAACAGAAGGAGGCGGAGGACUAACUCGCGAAGCCAUAGCGAAGGCCCAAACCCGCUUUACCGCCUGGCCUCCACCUGCAGCAUUGCCUACGCCGCCCUCACUCGACCCCACAGGCGUCGUGUGGACCCAAGGUGCACGGCCGCCUCGAGUGGUGGCCGCGCGCUUCACCGCCCUCGCCCGAGCGAGCAUCGAGCUCGUCAGAUCCCGGCACGGGGGGUUGGACAUGCAAGCCGACGACUGGAGAGGGCUGUUCGUCAGUCCGCUGACGGACUUUGAUUUCGUGAUCCACCUGAAAAAGAACGUCGUUGGUUCGGGCCAUGCCGAGACUGCAGGAGGAGGAGGAGGAGGAGGAGGAGGCGGAGCAGCGCCGACGAAGUUUAAAAACCUGCAGAUCGAUCGCUAUUCCAGCCGCUACGAUGCCGACGCCGACGACGCCGACGACGAGGUGAUGCGAAAGAAAACACUGUGUCUCGACCCCAUCGCCCUGUUCCUGCAGGACCUGCAGCGCUGUCUCGGCGAUCGCAUCCUAUUCUUCCACGGCGCGCAGGGGUCACGCCUCGUCCCCGCGCUGUGGAAUCCCAAGGUCCUGCCUCUGCCCGCGACGGACGACGGGAAGCGCAUGUCUCAGCAGUGGAGGGUCGGGAUGGCGUAUUCCACUAUCCCUGUCUUGAACGCUGCCGCCUCGGGGGGUGGAGGCGGGAUGGGGCAAGGCCCGGAGGCGGGGGAGGUGGAAGUAGAGGGGUUGAUCAAUCAACGCGGAAUCCUGGCCGAGAUUGCCUUGUUGGGUGUCGGGUUGGUGGAGAGGAUCGAGGUGCUGAAGGAUCUGGUAAGGUGA